AUGCCGACAAACACCACCACUUAUCUGAAUGCAACGAGGGCAUCGCUUAUCGUGGAGUCGCUGUUUUUCGUGGUGUUAAGUCUGAUCAUUUUGGCAGGAAAUUCUCUUGUCUGUACAGCGAUUUACAAGAAUCGCAAGCUCCGAACAAAGACAAACUACUAUUUGAUUUCGCUUGCGGUGGCCGACAUCAUGGUUGGACUUGCUUCUGUACCGUAUUGGGUGUAUUUCCGGUUAGGUAAGACUCAGCAAAUUUUAUUUAUUUUUUUUUCAGUUGAGACUCAUGUCACGAAAUUUGAUACAGUUCUUAAACGUUUUAGUCUACCUUCAACUCUGUAGGAUACUACUGAAUAUCAGUUUGGUAACAUAGAAAAACAUCAGAACGGCAAUUAUGAAAUAUGACGAACGAAGACGACUGAACUGAAUAGAUUAGUGAAGCAGAAAAUUUAACCUGAAGGAACCAUGACGUGUGACGUAUGCAUAUGUUUGCCAUUUGUAAUUACUUUACGCAACAACAGCGCAAAUUUUAAUAAAGAAUGCUGAUGAAGCAAUUGACACUUUGUUGAUCUUCAUCGCGUAAACAAGCGCAAAGUAUCUCCAUUUACGUUAAAUUCUGUAAAUACCAGGAAUAUGCUUCUUAUCUGGUGUAAAGAGGAAAACCCUUGAGUUGUUAAUUUCCGACGAGGCUGUGGUAAGAUAUUUCUGCAUUCAGACACGUCUCGGGAAACAAAUGGUGUGAAACACUUCAAGUGUUUCCAUGUUUAAGUUCCACCCAAAAAUGAUAGUAAAUUUUCUCUGGAAAACAAUUUUAGAAAGGUAAAGUAGAAAACAGGUGGUAUGAUCUGUUUUUGAAUGGUAUACUCAUAAACGUGCUAAUCCUCACGUUAUUUCAGUAUAGCUAGACUGUUUUUUUUAUCUUGUACAGCAUGUUAGGGAACAUUAACUUUGGUUUUUAUUCGGUUUCCUUACCAUAAAUUGUUUUUGUUUUUGUUUUUUUGCUUUCUUCACCAAUUGCUAGAAAGUUCUCCUUCGAUAAAUCAUACUUAAGAUUGGAUCUUAAAUAACAAACCGCGUCAACUGAUACGUUUUUGCGUGCAUCUUACAAAGGUAUCGUCUCAUUACAAACUUGUCAACAAUAUUUGGAGUGUUUAUCGAGUUUCCGCUAAUGAGUUAAACUUGAUGGCGCGAGUUGUCCAAGCCUAUUUAAACACAGAAAGUGUUCAGAGAUGUUAAUAUUACGAUUGAUCUCGAAAGAAUAUUAUCAAAACCUUAUUUAAGUGUUGAUGUCUACCCUAGCGACGCCAAAUUUGUAACGUCUUAAGACAUUUCUUCAAGUAAAGAAAACAGAUCAUGUCCUACAAUUUGUCAACAACAAAAAAACAUCAGCUGAUAGUCUCUUGAUCGUGUUCAAAACAAGACUUCAGCUUCAUCCAUCAAAACAAAGCUUCAGAGGUCAACAACGUUUGAGGAAAUAAGCACGGUCAUAUUUGCCCUUUCAACAUGAUACCAGAGUCUUUGAUUUACGCUGCAUGAAGCCUCGCUCGUGCGCGGCGCGCUUCGCAGCCUCCACGCGUGUUGACACGAAAGAAAGAGGUCGCUGGUUUCUACGCAUGCUUGCUGUUGUGAGAAAGGGGACAAUCUUCAAAUCGUGUUAUCGGUCAGUUGUAACUCGAAGUGCAAAAAAAAAGAAAAAAGAAUUUUAACGCUCCAGAGAUUAGACUGAUCUGCUGUCAUUUUUUUUCGGUAUUUAUUUUCUCAAAGCCUUCCAAAGUGAUCAUGUUCUGGGCUAUAAAUACGGUUUGGAACCUUCUUAGUUUUCGUUUUACACUCACUUCACGGUUCAGGCUAAAACCAUCCUGAUUCAGGUCCAAAACAUACUUAUGCCUGCGAAGAUAACCUCUUUUGUUUUAUUGAAAACCGCACAAAAUUUUCAUCAAAACCGAACAGCCAGAUUUGAAAACGUUCCAAAGUGAAAAACCACAGAGAGUAAUGAUUCAAACGACGUGAAUUUACGAGGCUAAAUAAUUGGAAAGGUGAAUGACAAAAAUUAAAAAAACUAUUCGUCGUUAAUGGGAAAAUUUAGAAGCAGCAGUUGGCACUUGAAAAAGCAAGGAUUUUGAGUGUUUAAAAUAAAAAUGAAAAACAAAAAAACAACAAAAAAAAUGAAAUAAAGCUGGAAUCAUGAAUAUUUAAGUCGCCCUAGGGUGGCCUAUCGAGGAUGUUUCUCGAAAAAAAUGGUUUAACACCUUGGAUGCAUUAAAGCAUCAAAUAAGCGAAAUCUUUUGAAACAUUUUACUUCUGGACAAAAAGUUACUCACGUAAUCCAUAUCACGAUAAAAACUGAUAUGCGUUGCAUAUACGCUCUAGUGUGGGAUGUAGAGGAGAAGAGGCGUUGGUUUUGGUGAGCGACUUUCAAUUGAGUGUUCUCAAACAAAACCUCAAAGAAGCGCUUUAGAGCGCUCUCGAGAGCUAACUAGAAUCGUUACCAGUCCCCUGUGCGACCGUUUUUGGUCUGUCAUGCAUCGCUUUCCCUCUUCUCUCGCAGAGAAGGUGUUGCGUGACGGGAGCAAACAACGGCUGCAAAUGAGGCUAGGGAUGAUAGGCUAAAGUUCUGCAGCGUAUUGGUUGAGAACGGACGAGAAUCUUCUUUUUUUAAUAGAUUGCAGGGCUAGGAAGCAAAAACAAUGCAAUACCUUCGUUGACAGUUAGUUAAAUAGGCUCUUUUUCAUAUAUUCAUUUGUUAAUUAUUUUUUCUUAUUCUUUUUCCUGAACUGUAGUUAACUCUCAGACAGAUACACUUUCGUACAAAAUUUACAUCACUUAUGACAUCAUCUGUGGUACUUCAUCCAUCAUGAACCUUGUGAUGAUAAGCUUGGAGCGCUGCAUCUCCGUCACACAACCGACUAUCCAUAGAAACUUGUCACGCGAGACUAUUUGCAUGACCAUUGCUGCUGCCUGGGCAUAUGCCCUUGUGGUCGCGAGCGUCAGUCACAUAAGUGGAUCGUAUCUUGGGUGGUACCCUGUUUUUGUGAGCACUGCGAGCUUCUUUUUGCCGCUGUUUGUUAUCCUCAUUGCGUACGCUUUGAUUUAUAAAAUAGCGCAAACGAGGGAACGAGCGAGACAGUCGCGAUCACUUGCGCGGGAAAUCCGCAUCGCUGUGACUCUUGCAGUAGUUAUUGGAGCUUUCGUCGUUGCUUGGUUACCAUUCUUUGUCAUGUUGCUUGUGACGACUUACUGCAAGACGUGUAAAAUUGAUUACGCUAUAAUGGUGCCUUUUACAAAGUGGAUGCACUACAGCGGAUCUAUGGUGAACCCAAUCAUUUACACUCACCGCAAUCGCGAUUUUCGUCACGCGUUUGCAAAAAUAUUAAUUUCAUGUGGAAUGAAGCAAAUGAGAUUUUCUUUUUCUCAAUCUCAUCCGCAUUCUAAAGCUACUCCAUUGGAAAUUGGAAACUUCCCCUCAGAUUUGAAACAGGGAUCUUUUUGUAUAUCUCAGGAGGAUAGUGAAAUUCCUGCACGAACAGCGAGGGCAAACAGCUACGUUCUGGCGCAGGAAACAAACGGUCGCGUGAGCAUUUCCGGAAACGGAGGCAAAGAAGCAAGAGCGUAA